AUGUUCAAUUUGAUGGUGAAUUACCUUAGAGACAUCAACAUGCAACACGGAAUCUCGACAGAUACAGCACUUCAUAUUGCUAUCGAAAGAGGAUUUUACAAGACAACGAGAAAAAUAUUGUCAGUGAAUAAGGCCGAUGUCAGUAGACGCAACAACGAAUACAAAGAAACCCCACUUCAUCGUUCUGUAUAUUGGCACAGGUUAAAAUUCAUAAAUUUACUUAUCGAGCAUGGGGGAGACAUGAAAAUUACAGAUGCGCAGGGUAGAACUCCUCUACAUUGUGCUUGUCACAGUGUUCAUAAUAAAGACUCUAAAAAGAUCAUUGAGAAAUGUAUGGAAUAUAACUCUUUAUAUUCUAGAACCACCCAUAUGGGUUAUACACGUAUGCACACAUUAAUCUCUCGGUCGAAAGAAACAACAGAGGAGGCUGCAGAAGUGAUGGAGCUUUUCCUAGAUAGAGGAUUUGAUUUGGAGACCAAGGAUUUCCGCGGAUGCACACCACUGUAUCUAAGCUUGAAAAAAGACGUUGAGCCAAUGGCUUUAUUACAUCUAAGACACGGUGCUCAUCUUGAUAUAACUGCAGACUACGCUAUUCAUUUUCUCGUACCUCAUAUUUUAAGCACGGAAGAAUUGAACGAAAUGAGCAGGACUAUCCUAAAAUUUAUUGCCUUGGAAGUUUCAAAGGGGGCUGCAAUGCACGAAAGUCUAGGGAAGAUCUUGAGAGAACGAAAGGACACAAGCACUUACUUGAAAAUGUGUUAUCAAGAAAUUGAGAUCCUCAAAUCUAUCAAAAUUGAGAAUACAUUCGUCACUUAUUGA